AUGGAUUGUGGCUGCUGCGCGCUGCCGCUACUGUUGAGAUGCCACCCCGAAUUGGUUACUGGGGCCACACUGUCGCAUCCGCGCAAGACGAUCGCGCUGCUGGCAAGGUCCGACGGUCGAACUCUGCGCCGCUUCUGCGACAAGGUUCCCUCGCAGACGAUGAGGGGUAUGCUGCCGGCUUUGUUCAGUCAGGUGAGUGACCGUCAGUUCAUAGAUGUCGUGGUGCCCCUGCUGUCCAGCUCUGAGCAAGCAGAUGCGCUCUCCAAGAUCGCUUGUUCCCUGGACACAGGUGCCAUGUUGGAGGUCCUCAAUGGGGCUUUGCCAGGGAGACUCGUCAUUGUGUUGCAAGCUCCGCCAGAGGCCCUGGCCACAAUCAUCGCCGAUGUAGGGCCCGGCCGGAUUGGUGCAGUGGUCGUGCCUUUACUCCAGGAGCCAGAGGACCUGCUGCGCGACAGACUCGUGCCACUCCUGCGCAUGGUCGAGAGGCCUGCGCACAUGGCCAAGAUUGUAGAUCAGGUGGAUGCCUCUGUGCUGAUCGCGCUGCUCCGUGGCGUUCGUGCAGAAGCCUUGGCGGCGGUCGUGAAUGGCUUCUGUGAGGAGGACUUCAAUACCGAGGGCCACGUGAUUCAGCUCUUGCGGGCUCUGAACAGCGCUCCAGACCUGGCGAAUGAGAAGAUCGUCCCGCUCAUGGAAAAAGGAGAGCCAAGCAAGCUCGUUCGAUUGGUUCAAGGAAUCCCAGCUGAGAAGCUUCUGGCCGUGCUGAGCUCGACUGAGGCAGAUGGUGUUCUCCGCCUAUUGGAGAACACCAAUGCAGAUUUCGCUGUACGUCUCUUCCAGCUGCCUUUGGAUUCCGUCAUAUCCUCCAUGGCUGGUGGUUUCGCGGAUGUCAUGGCGGACCGGAACAUCGCCGAGCUGGUGAAACACAGCACCGACACUCUCCAGGCAGGCUUGGCGCAAGCCGACGGCGUCCUGGCCCGUGGCUUGCAGGCACGCGGAGCAGAUCCAAGUACCGGCUACAAGUUUGGUGACCUCACACGAGGUCUGCUGUCCAUGGGCCAGGAGAGUCUCGAGCCGCUGCAGGAAGGUUGGGAGGCUUUGCAGAAGGACGUAGCCCUCAAAACGGAGACCUUGACCGAGACGCUGCAGCAGCAAGUGGAUGAGCACAUGCAGAAGGUGCAUGCUUCGCUCGGACAGAAUGCCCAACUUUUGAAAGAGGGCCUGAAAGGCGGUCUGGCCUCCAGCCAGAAGCGCUUGCGUGCAUUCAGCUGCCAAAAUGACGUUGCCUACAAGAAGGGCCUGCAGGAAGAAGAGGUUUUCUGA